AUGGAGAUGUUAUCAGAACUUAUUAUUAAAAACGAAGAUAAGAAUCCACUAACAUUUAAAAUUAAUAGUCCAAACAUUGGUGGAUUGAUUUCUUUACAUAGUGGUGAAUUUAAAGAUAUACCUGAUUUCGCUUGUAUAAUUCUUCAAAAAAAGCCGUUCUCUAAAAUAUUACGAUUUUCUCUACAAAUUGCAGUCGCGCUAUUUUAUGACAAUCGCAAAGUUACACGUUCAAUUCUCACAUGGAUUAUUAAAAUAAAUGAACAAUUGAAAGAUAAAGAAGAAAAAGAAUUUGAAAUGACAAAAAAAUUAUAUUAUCGUGCAUUAAGAAUGCUUGACCAUCUUAAUGCCUUCAUUGAAAGAGAGAAAAGUGAAUUUAUUUUUGUUCCACGACUUAAUAUGGAAAAUUACAAAAAUCAAAUUUGUAAGCUGAUGAAAAUUGCAAAAGGUUAUGAAAACGAAUAUAAGGAUGUGCUAAAGCACGAGUAUAAUAAUAAACAAAAGGAAAGUAAGCAAUUUGAAUUAGCUCAAAAUUUAACGAAAGAAACCGAAAAUAAACUUCAG